GAAUCAAAAUCAAAGCGGGUUUUUGUUGUUUUGUUUCGAUUCGAAGUUUGUUUAUUUUUGGGAAAAGAAAUCUCGUGUUUUUUUUUUUGAAAUGGAGACACUUGUAACCUGAAAAUUUCUUCAAUUAGAAGGCUGUUUCGUUCUGGGUUUUCAUAAUUUCCUCUUAAUUGCCCCCCCUUUUGUUACAGCAAAACCCGCAAAAAAAGAGAAUUACGAAUUUUUUUAUGAGAUUUUGAGUAGGAACAGCCUUUGGGCUUAUGGUAAAAGGAGAAAUUGGGGAAUUAUCAGAAAGAAUUUUGAUUAUCUGGGUAGUUUCGAUUCUGGGUUUGCUUAAUUGGGUGUUUGAGAUUAUGAGGAAUAGUGGAGAUGGGCAAGGGCAAUCUAAAAUGCAAGGUGGGGGUGUCGUUUCAAGGUCAGCUCGGAGUUCAUUUCGUGCCAUCUCCAGUUACUUGAGGAUCGUUUCUUCCGGUGCUUCGACCGUGGCACGGUCGGCGGUUUCCGUGGCAUCGUCGAUUGUGGAUAGGGAAGAUGAUUCUGGGUGUGAUCAGGUGCAUUGGGCUGGCUUUGACAAGUUAGAAGGUGAGGGAGAUGUCAUUCGACAAGUUCUACUGCUUGGUUAUCGGUCUGGUUUCCAGGUUUGGGAUGUUGAAGAAGCAGAUAAUGUCCGUGACUUGGUUUCAAGACGUGAUGGUCCUGUUUCAUUUAUGCAAAUGCUACCGAAACCAGUAGCUUCUAAGAGAUCAGGGGACAAGUUUGUAGACAGCCGUCCCCUUCUGGUAGUUUGUGCUGAUGGGUUCAUCUCUGGGGGUAAUCACAGUCGGGAUGGUCCAGGCAAUGGAAGCAUUCCACACAACCAUGAUUCAGGGAAUGGUAGCCUUGUGCCUACUAUUGUCCAGUUUUAUUCCUUGCGAUCUCAAUCUUAUGUACGUAAGCUAAAGUUUAGGUCAGUGGUUUAUUGCAUAAGGUGCAGUUCUCGGAUUGUUGCUAUAGUUCAAGCAGCUCAGAUACAUUGUUAUGAUGCCACAACAUUAGAGAUGGAAUAUACCCUUCUUACAAAUCCUAUAGUCACUGGCUGCCCUAGUUCCGGAGGUAUAGGUUAUGGACCUCUUGCAGUUGGUCCUAGGUGGCUGGCUUAUAGUGGAAGUCCAGUUGUAGCUUCCAAUUGUGGACGUGUCAGUCCGCAGCAUCUUUCACCUUCUGCAAGUUUCCCUGGGUUUUCUUCAAAUGGGAGCCUAGUUGCACACUAUGCAAAAGAAUCAAGCAAGCAACUUGCUGCUGGGAUUGUGACCUUAGGAGACAUUGGAUAUAAGAAACUGUCCAGAUACCUGCCUGAGUCGUACAAUUCCCUGCAAUCAGGAAGUCCUGGCUGGAAAGCUAAUGGGAUUGUUAAUGGUCAUCUACCAGAUGCUGAUAACAUUGGAAUGGUCAUUGUCAGAGAUAUUGUCAAUAAAGCUGUUAUUGCUCAGUUUAAGGCACACAAGAGUCCUAUUUCAGCAUUAUGCUUUGAUCCUAGUGGGACCCUUCUUGUGACAGCUUCAGUUCAGGGUCAUAACAUUAAUGUUUUCAAGAUUAUGCCUGCACUUCAAGGAAGCUCUUCUGCAUGUGAUGCAUCAUCAUCAUAUGCACAUCUCUACAGGCUGCAGCGUGGUUUUACAAAUGCUGUAAUACAGGAUGUUAGUUUCAGUGAUGAUAGCAAUUGGAUUAUGAUUAGUUCUUCGAGAGGGACAAGCCAUCUAUUUGCUAUCAAUCCAAUGGGCGGAUCUGUAUAUUUUCAGUCUGGUGAUGCUGUUUUUGCCUCUAAACAUAGUGGUUUGGGUGUUAUGACUAAGCCACAAGUUCGUUGGCCACCUAAUUUAGGAGUGCAAGCACCUACUCAAAUGAACCUUUGUGCAUCUGGGCCCCCAUUGACACUUUCUGUUGUUAGCAGAAUAAGGAACGGAAGUAAUGGUUGGAGAGGCACUGUAAGUGGUGCUGCAGCAGCUGCAACUGGCAGGAUGGGUUCCCUUUCGGGGGCCAUUGCGUCAUCUUUCCAUAACUGUAAAGGCAAUAAUUUUUUGUUUGCUGAGAGCAGCUCUUUGAAGACAAAAUACCACCUUCUGGUUUUCUCUCCUUCUGGAUGUAUGAUACAGUAUGCUUUACGAAUAUCAGCUGACCGUGAUUCAACACCUUUUGUUUCUGGAUUAAGCGCAGCUUAUGAGUCAACUGCAGAAUCUGAUGGAAGAUUAGUAGUUGAGGCAAUCCAGAAGUGGAAUAUAUGUCAGAAACACAUUCGAAGGGAACGAGAAGAUAAUGUAGACAUAUAUGGUGAGAAUGGAACAUCAGACAACAGUAAAGUAUAUCCUGAAGAAAUCAAAGAGGGAGGAACAUGCCCUGAUCCUACUGAUAUUGUCGACAAAGCAAAUCCCAACCCCGAGGAAAAACAUAAUUUGUAUAUUUCAGAAGCUGAACUGCAGAUGCAUCAAGUUCGAAUGCCUUUGUGGGCAAAACCAGAGAUAUACUUCCAAUCAAUGGUGAUGGAUGGCAUCAAAAUAUCUGAAGAAAAUGCUUUUGGAGGGGAAAUAGAAGUUGAAAGGUUCCCAACUCGCAUGAUUGAAGCACGAUCAAAAGACUUAAUUCCAGUUUUUGACUAUCUUCAAACUCCUAAAUUCCAGCAAGCAAGGAUUCCAACUGUAGAUAGCAAUAGGAAUGGAGGCCGGCUGCAUCAGAGGUCUGGGCUGUCUGAAAAUGGGCAGGUUACACGUAGAAGUAGCUCUGGCUCUCUUGACUCCAUGAAUGAAAAUGGUGCUGCAUUUGCUGAACUUCACAAUGGCAAAGAAACUAGUUUGAAUGGUCCUCAGAUGCCUAUAGAAAACAAGGGCUUUGUAAAUAACAGUGACGGCUCUAAAACAAAACCUCGGCUUGAGAUUGUAAAUUAUAGAGAGAGCUUAAAAAUGGAAGCUCAACUCAAGUUUGUAAAUAGUAACAGUGAAGGCCUCAAGAUGGAGAAUCAUUUUGAAGAUGAAGUGAUAUGUUUGAUUAGAAGUGUGCAGAUAUUCUUUUUAUUCUCCAGAGGCUGAUUAACAAUGUUAAUACUAUGGGUGGCAAUGUAAACAAGAGGCAAAGGGGGGCUUGACUGUGAAGAGGAAUUGUGGAUACUAUGUUUUGGGUUUUUCAUAUGUUGACAUUGUAAAUAACAGACAAUGAAUUCCCAAUAAUUAGUUGUGAUAUGUAAAUAAUAGCAUUACCUUAUAACCCCAACUUGCUUCUAUUCUAUUAAUUUAAAAGCUUAUUUGUUACCAUUCA